CAACAACAAAAACAACGGCAGUAAAGGUGGCGAUGGGCCAUCCAAGAACAACAAGAAGGGCAAAGAGGCUGCCGGAGACAAUGAUGACAACGAGGAGGAGGAGGACGACGACGACGACAAGGGUAGAAAGCGUGCCCGAGGCACAGACGGAUCAACCAUCCUGACCGACCCCAGCGACGCGAGCCCACUCCUCGCAUGCCCAUACUACAAGCACAAUAUGGUCGCCAACGAACGAUGCCUACUAGUACAGCUCCGAUACGUCAAAGACGUCAAACAGCACCUCCGUCGAAGCCACGCUCAGCCUUACUACUGCCCUAUCUGCGGACACGUCGCCCCUUCCCAAGCAGGUCUCAACGAGCACCUCAUCGCCCGCACGUGUGAGCGCACUCAGUUCAUUGCGCCAUCGGGUGUGACGGAGGAGCACAGGCUCAAAUUCACCGAGCGGGUCGGGCGCACGCUAAGCUUGGCGGAGAAGUGGUUCACUGUGUG